AUGAUCUCCGAGUUGUGCCAGUGUCUCGAGAAAGCGAGCCCGUGCCCGAUCCUCUAAAAGCGGAGUUAUUACAACAACAAGUAAAAUCAUAUGCGUGUAAGCAUAGUACUAUCUAUUUUGUAUUAAACAAGAAUCCUGUCGAUAUGAGCUGGGCUGUGGAGGAAUGGAAAGAAGGCCUCUCUCCCAGAGUCCUUCAGAAGAUUCAUGAGCUGGAAAGUCAAGUAGACAAGCUUAAAAAGGAGCGUCAGCAAAGACAAUUCCAGUUAGAGUCCUUGGAGGCAGCUUUGCAAAAACAGAAACAGAAGGUUGAAAAUGAAAAAAAUGAAGCUGCAACACUAAAAAGAGAGAACCAGAGCUUGAUGGAAUUGUGUGAUAACCUUGAGAAAGCAAAGCAGAAAAUUUCACAUGAUCUUCAAGUAAAAGAAUCUCAAGUCAACAUACAGUCAGGGCAGCUGAAUUCCAGCAAGAAAGACAUUGAAAGGCUAGAACAAGAACUGAAAAGAUACAAAAGUGAACUUGAGAGAAGUCAGCAAACAUCGAUUGCAGGAGAUUUAUCAUUUGGUGGCACUCCACAGAAAAGUUUUACCGCUUCUUUAACACCAGUUCAAGGUCAUAGUGAUGCUAAGUUUGGAGAAUUGGAAGAGAAAUACAAGAAAGAAGUACAAGAAAGAAAAAAGCUAGAAUUAGAACUGAGAACCAUCCAGGCUAAGAAAAUAAAUCAGCCUCAACCUCAAAGCUCUUUGAGUCACAGGGAGAUUGCUCGGCAUCAGGCUUCCUCAUCUGUGUUUUCAUGGCAACAAGAAAAGACACCAUCUAGAAAUGAAGCAACACCUGCAAGGGGAAGUUCUGCAGCAUCCUCUUUUCCAUGGGAAAACGAAACAAAUUCUAGUAUAAUAUCAGAGAAGAAUGAGUUUGACAACAGCUUUGCUGAGAAUUUUAAUUCUUCACUCAUGAUCCAGCUAAGAGCACAGAACCAAGAGUUAAAUUCCACUGUUAAAGACCUAGAACAACAACUGCAAGCUCAAGAAAAAGUGAAGAAAUCCCAUAUGAAUAAACAUCAAGAGACAGAACUGCAGCUGGACAGAAUGAAGUUGGAAUUAACAGAGAAGGAUAAAGUUCUGAACAAAACCAGAGAUAAACUGACUCGAAUGAGAACACAACUUGAUCAAGCUACCACACAG